AUGCGCAUGCGAACGCAGGUGGAGGAGCAGAUGAAGAAGACGAUCCGCGAGCAGGUGGAGAAGAGCUUCGAGGCGUACGCCAAGACGUCGCGCAAGUACUGGGUGGUGCACUGGCCGGGGCAGCUGGUCAUCUGCGUGUCGCAGAUCUACUGGACGGCCGACAUGCACCGCUGCCUCAACUCCACCAACCCCUUCGACUUGGAGGAGUACGGGCUGCAGCUGCAGGACAUCGUGACGCUGGUGCGGGGCGACCUGUCCAAGAUGAGCCGCAUCACCCUGGAGGCGCUGGUGGUGAUCGACGUGCACGCCAAGGACGUCACCUUGGACCUCAAGGAGAAGGGCAUCAACAGCGACAAGGACUUCGCGUACUACUGGGAGAAGGAGGACGCGUGGGUGCGGUGCACCAACGCGACGGUGCACUACUUCUACGAGUACCUGGGCAACUCGUCGCGGCUGGUGAUCACGCCGCUGACGGACCGCUGCUACCGCACGCUCAUCGGCGCCUACCACCUCAACCUGAACGGCGCGCCCGAGGGGCCCGCCGGCACCGGCAAGACGGAGACCACCAAGGAUCUGGCCAAGGCCAUCGCCGUGUGCUGCGUCGUCUUCAACUGCUCCGACGGCCUCGACUACAAGGCCAUGGGCAAGGUGCGCCAAACGGCAAUUGCAGCCUGGCUUCGGCUUCGGCACCCGUGGAUGUUCUUGGUCGAGUUCAAUCACAUCGAUAACAAUACGAUAUUUUUUAUUAAUUUCUUCAAGGGGCUGGCGUCGGCCGGCGCGUGGGCGUGCUUCGACGAGUUCAACCGCAUCGACCUGGAGGUGCUGAGCGUCAUCGCGCAGCAGAUCCUCUGCAUCAUCCAGGCGGUGCGCGCCAAGCUCAAGACGUUCGUCUUCGAAGGCACCGAAAUCAACCUGAACCCGGCCUGCUACGUGUGCAUCACCAUGAACCCCGGCUACGCAGGCCGCUCCGAGCUGCCGGACAACCUCAAGGCAAAUCUCUUCGCUACACACUGCAAUUCCUUUCCACACGUGCUGUUCCGCACGGUGGCCAUGAUGGUGCCCGACUACGCCAUGAUCGGCGAGAUCUCGCUGUACUCGUUCGGCUUCAUCGAGGCGCGAGUGCUGUCCGUGAAGAUCGUGACGGCCUACCGCCUGUGCUCGGAGCAGCUCUCCUCGCAGAACCACUACGACUACGGUGGGCCCCCUAGCUCCUUGCGGUAG